AUGUUGAAUACUGAUAUAUCACAAUAUUUACAUGUUAGGGAGUCAACCGUAAGAUAUUGGCUCGAAAGAUACGAAACAACUGGAGAUGUAGAAGUUAUACAAAAGCCUGGUCGUAACCGAUCAACCACUGAAAAACAAGACAUGGUUAUUCAAUCGAUGGUUGCUCAGUAUCCUACCGAAUCUACAGGUCAAAUUGCAGCUAGAUUAUCGAAUAAGGGUAUAAAUGUUAGUAAAGCCACACUAAGAAGGAGAUUUAAAGAAGCUGGUAUACAAUCAAUGAAACCAACUUCAAAGCCAUUGCUGACCAGUGGUCAUAUUAACAAAAGAUUUGAGUGGGCUAUGCAACAUAAAGAUAUGAACUGGAAUCAAGUUGCUUUUACAGAUGAGAGUUCUUUUCAUAUGAAACAAGUGAUAAGACAUCGGAAGUCUCACAAAUAA